AUGGAAAGUGACCAUCGGCGUCUCGUGGCGCGCGGGCGUUGGAGGUGGCGCCUUUAUGCGGCUCUGGUGGCGGGCAGAGUCCUCGGGAGCGUCAUGCUGCUUGGUAUGGUGCACCCCGAUGAGUUCUUCCAGAGCCAAGAGGUCGUCGCGCGGCACUUUUUGUCGCAACACAGUGUUGUGCGGCGCGAGUUGGUCCUGCCGUGGGAGUUUGAGCUGCCAGCGCCCAACCGUUCGAUUGUCAUUCCUGCGCUGAUCGUAGGAGCACCGUACAAGAUUCUGGACCUUUUCAACGUCAAGCUGACGGGAUGGCUGUUGCUCGUGACGCCGAGAUUGCUGCUCUGUCUCUUGUCGUUUACGUUCGAUGUCGUGCUGUAUCGCAUUGUGGGGCAAACGAGUUGCGACCAGAACGCAGCGGAUAGACGGGAGAAGCAGGAGAAGGCGCUGCUCCUAUUUGCCAGCUCGUGGCCGACAUUCGUGCUCCUGUGUCGACCGUUUUCUAACACUCUAGAGUCUUUGGUACUCGCGCUUUGCUUUGCAGUGUUAUUCCUAGCCGAUCCACACCGACGGGUUUUGUGCGGCGUAGUGCACGUACAGACUGUUCUUCUUGGCAGUUUGUUGGCAGUGGGCGUGUUCACGCGAUUUACCUUUCCAGCGUUUUUCUUUCCGCUUGGCCUGGAGCUAGUGCGACAGCAAGAUGCGCUGCUACUCGAGGCAGCACGGAAGAAAGAGGAUGCGCGUGCGUCUUUGCUUGUGCGCCGCUUGACGUCGACACUUGAUGUAAUCUUGCAGGGAGUUGUGGCGUUUUUGAUCUGGGCGGUCCUCUUUGUUGUCGUGGACACCGUGUUCUACCGGCCAGAUGUGUUUAGUGGUGAGAGCAACAGCGUGUCGCUACUGAAGAUCAUUGCAAGGAAUACUGUGAUCGCACCGCUGAAUAAUCUGCUGUACAACAUUCAGUAUGACAACUUGGAAUUACAUGGAGUGCACCCGCGGGUGACGCACUUGGCUUUGAACAUGCCCAUGCUUUUCGGACCACUGUUUUUCAUUUUCCUGGUGCAAUGUUUGCGGUUCCCCGAUCGCACAGUUUUUGGUACUGCAUGCGUGCUCUUUCCACUGGCAUGCUUGUCACUGGCUCCGCAUCAAGAGCCAAGAUUUAUGCUGCCAGCUAUUGUUCCGCUGCAUAUUUUCGCAGUCUCGAACGGCAGUAUGAGCACGUUUCGCUUUUUGACUGAGCACAAGCUUGGAAUGCUGCUAUGGUUCGUGUUUAACUUCGCGCUGACGCUCUUCUUCGGCGUUUUGCACCAAGGAGGCGUCGUGCCAAUGCUGCUAUCGCUAUCCUCGAUGGCUUCGAGUUCAGUGGAGAGCCCUGUCACCUCUGCAAGUUGGCUGACGAACACGGUAUGCGACUUCGAUGGCGCCGACAAAGUUGCUAUGCAGAUGCUCGGUUUAGUGCCGCUCGUGUUUGCAAAGACCUACAUGCCCCCGCGCUUUCUGCUCGCUGGCAUGACAGCAUCGUCUGCGUUUCGAGUGAUCGACCUUGCUGGAAAAAACACUGUGCAUGACCUCGUCGAGUCGUUGGGUGGCAACAACGCAGACCAGAUGUCUGCAGAACACGAAGUCACGAUGUUUAUGGUGCUGCCUGCAAGCGUCGACCUCAGAGACAUGAUGCCCGAAGUGUUCAUAUCACUCUCGAGAAUGUCGAGGUUGGGUCGAUGUUUUCCCCACGUAUCAACUGAAGACUUUGCGCUUGACAAGCCAUUGUCACUGGAGUUGUAUGCAGUGACACUGACGACAAAGUCAUGA